AUGGGAGACCCUCUCGCGAACAAAGCCAAACGACUGCUAGCGCUUCACGCGCCCUACCCAGGUGACAAUCUAGAAAGGGAGGAAUCAUUCUCUGGUCAGCGUUUUGUCGUGUACUGGACAUCGGCGACUCACCAUGUCAUAAUGGAUGGGGCCCGCCAGCUGGAGGAAGACCUACUAAUACCUAGCAUCCUGUUGAGGAACCCGAAGUUCCUUUUGGGCGAUUGGUACACCACCCACCAGGCAAAGCAGUUAGGAUGGCCCAGAUCAGAGACCCGGAAGGGACACAACAGAGAACCUAUGGGCGAUCUGAUACCUCGAAGGGUCAGUGAAAUCCUGAAUGGAGAGCGAGACUUACCAGGCGCCAAGACAUUGAAUCGUUUUAAAUGUGAACAAGUCAUGUUCAACGACAGCGUGAUGUAUGAGGUCACGGACCGCAACCUAAUAUUCCGAAUAUGGGCAGCUGAGGCAGACCUGGCAAACACUAAACUAAACAUUAGUCUAUGGUACGCAAGACACCUCGAGAAGGCUUACCGUCAGAUGCAUUCAAUACUGCUCGAAAGGGAGCUAGAAAACGAAUAUUAUCAGUUCAGAACACUGGAAAAC